AUGUCACCUACACCAUCACCUACCCCAGGCCUCCACAAGAACGCCUGUUCCCUCUGCGCUCGGCGCAAGGUGAAAUGCGACAAAAAAGACCCCUGCUCCAACUGUCUCAAGGCGCAGAUGCAGUGCUCAUACGAGACCCCAGCUCUACCUCGUCCUCGGAAGAGAGCUGCCGACCAAGAUUUACUGGUCCGAUUGGCUCAGUAUGAGGACCUGAUGCGGAAGCACAACGUCGAUUUUACUCAGCAUGCCAAUAUCUGGGUUCCUUGUGAGCUAGAAGGGGAUGUGAAAGUUGAUGACUCACUGGUACAAGACACACCCCAAGAAGAACUAUGUCUGUGGUCUAAUCUGAGCCCAGAGCUCAAAUAUCCUUCUGUCCAAAAUCUGCGUCAUAAAGACGACCCAUUCCUCCAUCCCACACCCUCACUCCAGUUGAUGCUGCCUGAUACGCGCCCCAAGCUUCACGAGUUACACCCAGAACCCAAACACAUCUAUCGUUUCUGGCAAAUCUUUGUCGAGACUGUUAACCCUCUCACCAAGAUUAUCCAUGUGCCAACUCUGCAGCAGCGUAUCAUGGACGCAAGCUGGGAUGUUGCUCACGUACCCAAACCCUUGGCGGCUAUCUUGUUUGCCGUGUACACCAAUGCUGUCACAUCAAUGUCCUCAGAUGACUGCCAAGCCUCCAUUGGCGCAAGCAGGGACACUUUGCUGACACGUUACCGAACUGCAACUGUGCAAGCUCUCAUGGAAGCCGAGUUCCUGACAUCAAGAGAGUUUGAGGUCCUCCAGGCCCUCGUUCUAUUCCUCCUCGCAGACCCAGAAUCCGAACUAUGUUCCACUCUGACCGCAACCGCCAUUCGGCUUGGCCAGAAGAUGGGUCUGCAUCGUGAGAAUGCGGAUCCCAAAAUCUCAUUUUUCGAGAGGGAGAUGCGAAUUCGGCUCUGGUGGCAGCUACGAGGCCUCGAUGCUAGAGUACGCGCUGUCUCGAUCCCUGGGAUCAAGCUGCCAACAUCAGAAUGCGGCGACGUCCGUCCUCCACUAAACAUCAACGACGCUGAUCUACAUCCCGAUAUGACGGAGACUCCAUCUGAACACAAGGGUCCGACUGAAAUGUUGUGCGUGUUGAUGAAGUAUCAAGUCACACACUGGCUUCGAUCGUCGCCCAAGGCGGCCAAAUUCUUCGAGAACAUCAGCCACGGACCGAUUAAAGGCAAGAUAUCGAUGGAGUCGCAAGACGAAGCAAUAAACGAACUCGAAGGCAUCUACGAAGAAAAGUUCUUGCGUCACUUGGACAAGCGAAUACCUCUACACGGCGUAACUGAUGCCAUGGCUCAGCUUGCCAUUGCUCGUCUACGGUUCAAGCUUCACCAUCCACGGGGACGAGGCAUGGGUGGCAAGGAUGUGUAUUUGACCAAAAGCGAGAGCGAUUUGCUUUUUGACUCAGCAGUCACAUUGCUGGAGCUGUCCAGCUAUGGCAUUCGCAGCAAAUUUUCAUCGCAUCUGUUUACACACUUGACUCACUGGUCUCAGAUGGACGCUUACAUCUAUAUUCUUAGCGAGCUACGGUGCCGAUGCACAGGUGAUCAGGUGAUGCAAGCAUGGAAGCUAGUCGAGGAUCUUUACACCGAACAUCCCGAGGUGAUGAGCGACACGGAGAAUGCUCUCUUCAGGGCCCUUGGUGACUUGACCCUUCAGGCUUGGGAAGCACACAGAAAGGAAGUGGCACUGGAUCAAGGAGUUCUGCCAUCCUUCAUUCAAGUUCUCUGGAGCAAGAGACAUGAUGAACUUGAGCAAAGCAUGCAAGCACCUUCAGCGCCUGAUGGGGAUUUUGGUGGUUUGGGGCUGAUUGACGACAACAACUUUAACUGGGAGUACUGGGACGACUUGCUGCGACUGUAG